UCACUGCAGCCAAAGAGCGCGGCAACAACGAGGUUUGAGCCAGCCUUAGCGGCCAAACGCGCAAGGGCCGAUUCGCAGGGGGGAAAAGGGCUCUUUGUGCUGUUCAGCCUGUGCCCUGACAGGCCCCACGCCUCCGCCGCGGCAGUGUUGGUGAACCCACAGGGACUGGCGGGGCCAACCCGCACCGGGGCAGGCCCCGCGGCCCGGAACCGAAGCGCGGGUCGCUGUUCCCCGCCGGGCCGGUGCGCCGCUGCGCAGUCCCGGUCCCGGUGCCGGCGUGGCGGGGAGCCGUAGCCCCGUGCCGGUUCGGCGGGGUCGGGCCGCAUGGCGAAGCAGAGCCCCGCGGGGCCCGAGGCGGCGGGACCGAGCGCCGCGGCCCGCGGGAAGGGCAGGAGGAGGAGGAGGAGGAGGAGGAAGGCCGCGCGCGGGAGCGGGGAAGCGGCGACGGGGGCCGCGCCGAAAGGCCCCGGCAUGGCGGCGGCUCCCCCCCGCAGCCCCCGGGAGUUCUCCUCCAACUGGAAGGCGCUGCAGGAGCUACUGAAACAAAAGGCAAAUAACUCCAACGAUCCCCUCUCUCCAUGUCAAACACACACCAAAAAGAAGCUUCCGCUCGCAGUGGGAAACAGCCAAGAGGUUGCCGCUAUCCAUGGGAGCAGGAAUGCGGUAAAGGCCAAACCCGCAAAUAAAACGGACGAUGGUUCUGCUAAAGACAUUCCUUUGGCUAAGCCAAAAUCUAAGAGGGUUGCAACAGAUAAGAAUUUAAAUUGUAUCAAAACCAGUGGAAAAGUCUGCAAAGAAAAAAAGAAAAAUGGCACUAUUUUAAAGGAGAAGGGCGAUAUAAAGCAUAAGAGGAGGAAAGCUGAAGGGCUUGCGGAGCAGCAGCCCACAGAGGCUGAAAUAUGGUUUGAUGACGUUGAUCCAAAAGAUAUUGAAGCAGCAAUAGGACCUGAAGCAGCAAAAAUUGCUAGAAGAAAUAUGGGACUCGAAACAGGCCAGUCCAAACAGUCUGUGGAGCAGGUGCUGGUGAAAGAAAAGGCUUCUGAAGGGCUCACAGGAGCUGUAGCCAUGGACUGUGAGAUGGUGGGAGUGGGACCCAAGGGUGAAGACAGCAUUGUGGCUCGCGUGUCCAUCGUGAACCAAUUUGGAAAGUGCGUUUAUGACAAGUAUGUCAAGCCUACAGAAGCGGUGACUGAUUACAGAACAGCUGUUAGUGGCAUACGCCCCAAGAAUAUAAAUACAGGAGAAGAUUUUAAAACUGUUCAGAAGGAGGUCGCCGACAUCUUGAAUGGAAGGAUUUUAGUUGGACAUGCUUUACACAAUGAUCUAAAGGUCCUAUUUCUUGAUCAUCCUAAGAAGAAAAUCCGUGACACACAAAAAUACAAGCCUUUCAGACAGAGAGUCAAGAAUGCACGCCCAUCAUUGAAACUGCUCUGCGAGAGACUGCUAAAUGUUCAAGUGCAGGCAUCAGAGCACUGCUCGAUUCAGGAUGCACAAGCAGCUAUGAGACUGUACACCUUAGAGAAAAAGAAAUGGGAAGCUGCUAUUAAGAACAAAUCUAACAGCAAAACCCAUAAAACUUGAAUGAUUCUACACUUCGUUUCUACUGCUUUCAUGGCACAUUGCAAGGCAAAUUUAGAGAGGACUCAGAACUGACAGCAGCUACUUCAUAAAAUCAAAAGGCAAUACUUCCUAACACGGCACGUGACUGCUGCCGCACAAGAAUACCGCUAGCAUCCCCUUUCCGGGUGGCACCUGUGCCUACUGCCAUGUUUCAACAAUACUUGUAGCAAAUGCCUGCAUUUGUGAAGAACUUGAUCAGUUCCACUUCUGCAAAGGAAAUAUACACUGAAUAUGUAAAACAGUGUUUUUAAAUUACGACAGAUGAAGAAGAAACUGUCAUUGCUUUGCUGAAACUCCCAAGACUAAAAUCUUUAUUUCAAAUAUUUUAAAGUCUACAAAGUAAGGUGAAUUCUUAGUUAUUGCUGUUAGUCUCACAGUUGUGGUACCUAAAUCAACAAUAACUGUUUAUAGACUAUUAACGGCCCAAUAUUCAUACUUCUGGUGAGAAAAAUCUUCUAAAAUAUUUCUGGAGGUUCCAAGCUUUUAUGUCCGUACCAGAAGUGUGCAAGACUUGUUCUUAUACAAAAAGUUCUUCUUUUACUUCUGCAGUUUCAAAAGCGUUGGAUCCACAAGGGUCAUUAUCUCCUGGAGAGAAAUGUGAGAAUUGUCAAAAUACAAGAUUACCUUCUUGUUUCACUGAUUUUUAUAUUCCUUUUUAUUAAUAAAACCACUGUAUUUAA